AUGGGUUGUGGAAGAGCUGAAAGAGCUAUGGAGAAUGGCUUUGCCAAUAACAGCAACAAACGGUUUAAUACUACUAAGCUAACAAGGCCUGAACAUAGUUCAGGUGCAGUCUCAACUUCAGCUUCAGCUCAAUCCACACUUCAGCAACAGUUGCAGAAGCAAGCCACAGUUGCAAAAAUUAAUUCAAUGUCUUCAAUUCCUUCUAAUCUUUCUCUUCUAAUUUCCAAUCUGUCUUCGUUUAUCACUGUCAAACUUGAUGCUUCAAAUUUUUUGAUUUGGAAAAAUCAAACUCAGAAUAUUUUGAAAGCUACUGAUUUACUUGGAAUUGUUGAUGGUACUUCACCUUGUCCAUCCGUCAUAAUCAAAGAUGAUUCUGAAUCAAAUGUUGAUAAUCUUGUCUAUUUCCAAUGGAAACUUGAAGAUGCACAUCUUUUUAGUUGCAUAACUGCAACUUUAUCACCUGCAAUCUAUUCCACAAUGCUUCAUCUUCAUAGCUAUUCUGAGGUUUGGAGUGCUUUGCACAAAAGGUUUACUGCACUUUCUCGAUCUCAUAUGCAUCAACUCAAGAACAAACUGAACAGUGUUACCAAGAAAACUGAUUCCAUUAAGGCAUAUCUCACAAAUAUCAAAGAGUUAAUUAGUCAGUUAGCUUUUGCCUCUACAUUCAUUAAUGAUGAAGAUCUCGUGCUUCUAAUCUUGAACGGACUUCAUGGAGAAUAUGAUGCAUUUAAGACGACAAUUAGAGCUCGUUCAGAAUCCAUUUCGAUGGAUGAACUGAGUUCUCUGCUUCUCUCUAAUGCCAUACAUGUUGUGUCUAAACACCACAAAGAUCAUACUGAGCCUAUUGUGGCCUUCUCUUAUGUUCGAGGUUUUUCGAAUUAUACCUAUCAAAGUUCUGGAUCUCGAGGAAGAUAUUCUAGAGGAGGACAAGGAGCUUCUUCCUCUUCAGUCCCUUGGUAUCUCGACUCUACAGCUAUUGAGCACAUUACACCUGAGUUGAACAAUCUUAGUUCUUCUCAUCCUUAUCACGGAUCUGAUCAAAUAACAAUUGGUGAUGGUAAUACAGUUCCUAUUCAUCACACCGGUAAAGGAUUACUUCCUACACCUCAUUUUUCUUUCUGGCUGAACAAUGUUUUACAUACUCCUUCUAUUUCCUCUAAUCUUGUUUCUGUUCACAGAUUAGCCAAAGAUAAUAAUUGUUCCAUUACUUUUGAUGAUUCUACAUUUGUGGUUCAGGACAAGGUUUCGAAGAAAAUUCUCCAUCAAGGUUCUAAUAUCAAUGGCUUAUACCAUUUUCAUCCAUCUCUUUCUACUGCUGCCAUCUCACUACCUAUGUUGCAUGCUCAUCUCAGUUCUUCUCAUACUGUUGUACCUGUUUCUACUUCUGUUUGGCAUAACAGAUUAGGCCAUCCAUCUGUAAUAAAGUUGCAUCAUCUCAUGCCUUACUUGUCUGUUUCUAAGUCUGAUCAUAAGUCUACCACUUCUGAUUGUACUGACUGUUGUGUAGCUAAGCGUCAUAAGCUUCCUUUUUAUCUGUCCAAUUCUACCGUAAAUGCACCAUUUUCCCUCAUCCAUAGUGAUGUUUGGGGCCCAUAUGCUUCUAGUUUUGGUUACAAGUAUUAUGUUCUGUUUGUUGAUGAUUUUAGUAGGUUUACUUGGCUUUAUCCUUUGGCUUAUAAGAGUGAAGUCUGUGCUAAAUUCAUGGAGUUUAAGGCUUAUGUUGAAAUUCAGUUUGCCACUACUUUGCAUAUUUUACAAACUGAUAAAGGCUCAGAAUGUUUUACAUCCAAAAUGAAAACAUAUUUGACUACUCAUUGA